AUGAUUCCUAAAUUGUCAUUAAUACCAUUUUUACUUUUAUUACUUCCAAUUGAAAUAACAAAUUCACAAAUUCCUACAGGUGACACGAGUGCAACUAUUCUAUUAACUCCAAAUGGAACGAAAAAUUAUUUAAAAAAUAAAAAAACAUAUGUUAAUGAUAUGUCUAACGAAAUUUCAAUGGCGCUUUCAAUUGAAAAAAGUCGUAUUUUUAUAUCAUAUGAUAGAUAUCAAUAUAAGAAAAACACGAGUGAAGACCAAAUUUUGUUACUCGUAAAUAUUAAAGGCACCAAAGGACCAGAUCAACCAAGUUCAUUUAUGCUAAGACGAAAUUUAAACAAUUCUAUUACAUAUAAAGACAUAUCAUUAGGAUUACAUACAAGGGAUUUAGAUAGCACUUAUGGAGCUCCAGAAAAUCGUAGUUGGGUAUUCUUAUUAGUACCAAUAUUCUUUAAUAUAAUAACUUCAUGGUAUCUUGUUUAUUAUCAAUUAAACUCAUCAAAAGAUGCUGAAAAUUGGUGGAAGGACUAUCCAAUAGUCGCAUUAGGAUUUGUACUUUUGUCAUUGAUAGAUUUAGAAGCUUUAAAUGUUGUAACAUCUCGAUGUGCUGGUAGUGAGGCACUAAACGCAAAAUUUACAGGAGGAGGAAAAAAAAGAGUUGAUAGAUCCAUUAUUAUUAUAGCAUUUAUUGAGGAUGUACCACAAUUAAUAAUUUACGUGCUAUAUCAAAGAUAUACAGUUAUACCAGCAACUAUACCAAUAUUAGUAUUAUCGUCGGCAUGUAUAGUACUUUUAUUUAAAAUAUGUUAUAGAGCCAUCGUUUGGUUUCUUUAUCGUUGUGGGCUAGUAUGGAACCAAAGGAAUAUUAAAGAGAAAUUGGCUUUCCCAUAUGAGGGUUGGGGUAUGAUAUCGUUUCAUACUAGAUUUCUUGUUCGUGAUGUAUUCAUUAUGCAGGGAUGUAGAAUUUUUGGGAAUGAAAAUACCUGGAGAGUAUCACUUCGCAAUGUGAACAAUAUUUUUUGUGGUAUUCUAUUUAUCAAUCCUGUCAGAACACGAAGAAAAUAUUUCUAA